AUGUCCUCACCGCCCUACCCGGGACGGACUUUUUGCCUCCUCCCCCGGGUGCCUGGCCGCCCCGCUGACGUGGGGACUCCGGGCGGGCGGCACGGACGCUCACCUGGCCGAGCCUUCUCCUCCCCCUCCUCCUCGUGCUCCCGCCCCCACCUGCCCUCCUCCUCUCCAAGUGGGAAGGCGUCGGGAUCCGUAGGCGAGGAAAUAACGACCCCUGCAGUUGCAUUGCGGAAAAUCUCGGCGGCGGUGCUAGUUGCGGGCGAUGGAAGCCAGGCAACUGCGGGGUCUGGGGAGCCCUGGAAAAUAGCAGAAAAAGCAGAAAGCGCGCGUGCAACGAGGGGAGUCAGUGAGGCUCCCGACGCACCCCAGUCCCGGGAGCCUAGCCUUAGGCUCGGCAUCCUGGAAGCAUCGCCUGAACCCAGCUUGGAGGUGGAGAACCGGACAGAUCAGAGACAGAAGCCACCUUUGGACCAUGCCCCGGUGAAGGGGGGCGGACUUCGAGGGCAACUUGUCGCGGACUACCUGGGCUCAGCUAGCAGACGGAAGAAGGCGAGAGCCCGAAACUGCACAGCUCGGCCCAGCGGGGGGCUGUUGUCUAUGUCUUCUUGGGGCGCCCGGAGGAUCGGGGUCUCGGUUUUGCAAGAAAAGCCCAGCGCUGUUGGCUUCAGGUGGCUGCCGCCGCCGCCGCCGCCGCCGCCGCCGCGGUCGCCGCAAGUGCUGUUUCCGCCGCUGGUGAGAGGAGCAGAGACACAAGAGCAGGGAGACCUCCGAGGCAACGAGGCAUCGGACAUGUGUCAGCACAUCUGGGGAGCACAUCCGAAGAGCCCACGGGGAGAUUUGCCGAAGCAAUUCAAACUGCGUUAUUGAUCUUGGGGGUGACUGUCCCUGGCCGGC